GACAUAUAGUCCAUGCUAUAAGCAACAAAGAAUAACGACCACCAAAGGCAUGAGUACUCAUAUAGCAGUAUUUGCCUUCCCAUUUACCAGCCAUGUCGCCAAUCUUCUAGUCACAAUAAGAAAAUUAGCCAGCUUAGCACCGCAAAACAAGGUGCAGUUCUCUUUCUUUAGCACACCCAACUCAAUAAACUCUCUUUUCCAAAAAGAGUCUAAAACUUGUGAAGAUCAUCCCAAUAUUAAGGCCUAUGAAAUAUGGGAUGGUAAGCCUGUAGGGUAUGUUUCUAAGGGCAACCCCUUGGAGGAAAUUGACCUCUUUGUUAAGGGGGCAACGUGGCCGGGUGUUUUGAAGAAGGCGGUGGAGGAAGCUGAGGAGGAUGUAGGUGUUAAAGUGAGUUGUGUUAUGGGAGAUGCAUUCUUGUAUUAUUUAUGUGAUUUGAGCAAGGAGAUUGAGGUGCCUUGGGUGCCAAUAUGGAACGGAGGAGAGCAUGCUUUCUAUGUUCAUGUUUACACUGAUGUUAUUAGGCAAAGGUUUGGCACUCAAGGCAUUGGAGCAAGAGAAGAAGAAACACUGGAUUUUAUACCAGCACUAUCCAAGAUCAGGUUGAAAGACCUCCAAGAUGGAAUUGUAUCAGGAAAUCUUAAUUCACCCAUUUCUCAAAUGUUACAUAAAAUGAGUCAAAAUUUACCUUAUGCAAGUGCAAUUUGCAUGGGAGGUUGUGAAGAAUUUGACCCUGUUGUUAUAGGUGAUUUAAAGUCUAAAUUCUCAAAGGUUUUUCCAGCGGGUCCACUAUGCCUAGUAAUUGAACCACCAAAAAUGGCAGAUAAAUAUAAUUGUUUGGGUUGGCUUGACAAACAAAGAACCAAUUCUGUUGUUUACGUGAGUUUUGGUUAUUCUGCUACGCCACCACCAAAUGAGAUUUUUGCUCUCGCUGAGGCUCUUCAAGCUAGUGGAUUCAAGUUUUUAUGGUCAAUCAAGGAUCACUUAAAGGUACACUUUCCAAACAAUUUCUUGGAGAAUAAUGGAGAAAAUGGCAUGAUGGUCCCUUGGACACCCCAAAGAGAAGUCCUAGCCCAUGAUGCAGUAGGGGUAUUCAUCACCCAUUUUGGCUACCAUUCCGUAGUUGAGAGUAUAGUACCCGAAGUUCCGAUGAUCGGACGACCCUUCUUUGGUGACCAAAAACUUAAUGGACGGCUAGUAGAGGCAGUUUGGGAGAUCGGAUUGAUAGUUGAAGGAGGGACUUUUACAAAGGAAGGAGUAUUGAAGAAUUUGAAUCAAAUUUUGUUGGGUGAUGAAGGGAAGAAAAUGAGGGCAAAUAUCAAAAACCGUAAAGAAUUGCUUGUUAAAGCUAUUGCCUCUAAUGGGAGCAUCAACAAGAAUUGUAUGUUGCUAUUGGAACAUAUCUUGAAAACAUAGGUGUAACUAUGUAAGGCUGAAACAAGUCGAGCCACCGAAUUGUUAGUUAUAUUUUAAAUUUAAAGUUGUUAUACUAUAUUGGUAGUUGGUGUAAUAAUGUCUUUAUUAGAUUGCAUUUUUAAGGAAGGAUUGUUUUUUUUUUUUUUUUGAAACAAUAAAGGAAGGAUUGUUUAAUUCA